AUGUCCAACACACCAUACAUUAUUAUUGAUUCUUUUGAGUCUUCUCCUAAAGGUUCUGCGAUUCCUGUUCAAAAUCCUGGAAGGCUUAUCAAACCUGAUCAUCCCAAAAUUCAGGUUGAAAAGAAGCGAAAGAUUACAGAUUCUCCCUUAGAGUCUUCCAAUGAAAUUACUGUUAAUUCCAAUCAUUCCAAGGAAAAAAAGCGAAAGUGUGAAAAAGUUUAUGAAUAUUCAGACAAAUCUGAUGAUGACUUUGAAACUUUCUUCACUAAAGAAAGUUUGAAAACUCAACCUAUCUUCCACUCAUCUAUUGAACAGCAUUGUGCUGAAUCUUUGAAUUACAAGUUGUUACAAUGGAUUGUUCUUAAUCAACAUCCAUUUUCAGUACUUGAAACAAAUUCAUUUUUAAGAUUAAUCUUCACUUUUGACCUGUGUUAUGAGAUUUCAGACC